GAGCUGGCAAUCCCCUCCCUCUUCCGCAAGUCCGGAGUGAGAGACUGUCUAUUUCUCUCUCCCUCUCAGAGCGCACGACACCUCCCCUCCUCUCUGAUCCGUUCUCUCACUGGCUCUCUCAUUCCUCCGCUCCCCCUGUACCCUCCUCUCCAUUGCUGGGUUCACGUUCUCGGCCGCAGCCUAGCCUGAGCAUUCAUUCCCCUUGCUGUGAAUGAUUCAGAACAUCGGUGGAAACAAACAAACAAAAAGAAAUCAAAGUACUCGCGCCGAGAAUAAAAGGAUUGUCCUGCGCUAAGCUGGUGGGGCUGAGGUCUGUGCGUCCAGCGUUCAGGUCAGUGCAGAGCGGCCCAGAGGACUGAGCGAGGCGUGGUCGAGAAGCAGCCAUGGCCCAGAGCAACGGGGAGAACCCGCGGGCACGGAGCCGGGUGCAGCGGAUUCAGCAGGGCAUCCAGCUGCGCUCCAUGAGGGCCAGGAAGAAGGUGGAGAACAUCACCAAGGACGACGUGAAGGGCUUCCUACGGAGGAACGGCUUCGUCCUCUUCACCAUCGCCGCGGUCAUCAUCGGCAUACUGUUGGGUUUCGCCCUGCGGCCUUACAAGAUGUCGUACCGCCAGGUGAAGUACUUCUCCUUCCCCGGCGAGCUGCUGAUGCGCAUGCUGCAGAUGCUGGUGCUCCCUCUGCUGAUCUCCAGUCUCAUAACAGGCAUGGCAGCGCUGGACAGUCGGGCCUCAGGAAAGAUGGGAAUGCGGGCGGUGGUGUACUACACCACCACGACAGUCAUCGCCGUCUUCAUCGGCAUCAUCAUGGUCCUCAUCAUCCACCCAGGCAAGGGCUCCAAGGACGAGUUCGGCCAGCAGCAGAAGAUCGAACAAAUCAGCCCCGCCGAUGCCUUCCUCGACCUCAUCAGAAACAUGUUCCCUCCCAACCUGGUGCAAGCUUGCACACAACAGUUCAAGACACAGUAUGGCAAGAGGGUGGUGCAGGUGACGCUGACGGUGAACGACACCGUCUUCAACCUGACCAACACCACCCAGGAGAUCUCCCGGGAGGAAGUGAUCCCCAUCCCCGGCACGGUCAGCGGGGUGAAUGCCCUGGGCCUGGUGGUCUUCUCCAUGUGUUUCGGCCUGAUCAUCGGGAGCAUGAAGGAGGAGGGCCAGCCCCUCCGGGACUUCUUCGACUGCCUCAACGAGGCCAUCAUGAGGCUGGUGGCCAUCAUCAUGUGGUAUGCUCCCAUUGGUAUCCUGUUCCUGAUCGCGGGGAAGAUCGUGGAGAUGGAUGACAUCACGUCGAUGGGGGGCCAGCUGGGCAUGUACACCAUCACGGUGAUGAUCGGCUUGUUCAUCCACGCCACCUUCGUGCUGCCCACGCUCUACUUCGUCAUCACGCGGAAGAACCCCUUCGUCUUCAUCGCCGGGCUGCUGCAGGCGCUCAUCACCGCCUUGGGCACAUCGUCCAGCUCAGCCACUCUGCCGAUCACCUUUAAGUGUCUGGAGGAGAACAACGGUGUGGACAAGCGGGUGACGCGCUUCGUCCUGCCCGUGGGCGCCACCAUCAACAUGGACGGCACCGCCCUGUACGAGGCACUGGCGGCCAUCUUCAUCGCCCAGGUCAACAACAUGGACAUGAACUUCGGCCAGAUCAUCACCAUCAGCAUCACAGCCACUGCUGCCAGUAUUGGUGCUGCUGGGAUUCCACAGGCUGGUCUGGUCACCAUGGUGAUUGUGCUUACCUCUGUUGGACUUCCCACUGAUGACAUCACCCUCAUCAUUGCAGUGGAUUGGUUCCUGGACCGCCUGCGCACCACCACCAAUGUGCUGGGCGACUCCAUCGGAGCGGGGAUCGUGGAGUACCUGUCCCGGCACGAGCUCCAGACCAAGGACGCGGAGAUGGGCAACUCGGUCGUGGAGGAGAAGGAGAUGAAGAAACCCUAUCAGCUCAUCACCCAGGAGAAUGAGUACGAGAACGAGAAACCUCCAGACAGCGAAACCAAGAUGUAGAGCCCCCCCUACCCUCCACCACAUGUUCUGUCAGGUCUUGCUCCUUUAAGGGAAAACUUGGGAACUUUUUUUUUUUUAAUUGUUCUUUGUUUUGUUUGUAAUUUUUCUUCUGCUUUUCAAGAGCUGCUGUUCAGGUGUUAGACAUUCUUUCAGACAUCUGCUGUUAUUUCUUUAUUUUUAAUUUUUAUGUGUUGCUUAACGUUACUUGUCUUGAUCCUGAAGAGUUUACCUAUGGAAAAGUGGUUCACAUAAAAAAGAAGGAAAAUCUAGCUUUGUUUUCUGGGAGUGACAUUGAGACCAUGGGAUUGUAUAGUGAAGUCAAUAUUUUUUUUUAGCUUUCCAGAGUUUCAAGACCUGCAUAUGCAUAUUACUUCUGCUACAUUGAUUAGGAACACCAGGAGCAAGGUUGUGCUAGUAAGAGUUCUCUUCAGCAGGGAAUUCAGUGAAGGCUUUUGCAGUUUAAUUUUGUUUUACAUUAAUUAAUCUACAUUCAAAUAUCUCUGAAUUGCCAUUUUUUCAGGGUUUGGUUAUUGAAAUGGUUCCUUCGUAUUCAGGGCACAUGCUGUCAAUCAUACUCAAUACAGAGUACGAUGCUGAGAAUGAGGCUAGAAGGACCUGCCCAGUGUAACAAAUGACAUUUUAUUGGUGUACAAACAAACGUUGAUGACUAUUUAGGCAUAACGAAACUGAGUUAAUGCUGGAAAAGAUGAAAUAAAUAAAAGAAUAGCAUGGGAGCAUGGGAUCUGAGUGAGGGUGGGAUAAAAAGAAGGUCAGAGAGAUGGAGAGAUGGAGAGAUGGUGAGAUGGUGAAAGGGUGGAUGGGGUGGAUGCAGAUCUUUAUUAAAAGAUGAAAGAGGGUAGAAUUGUAUGUUUCCCAUUUUGAGUUGUGUUUGUGUGCUAAUACACGUGAUUGGGCUUAGGUUAAUCAAACAUGUGAUCCUACCAUUAAAUUAGUUUGCUAAAUCACAAGCCUUGAUGUCCUUCUGCGGUUAUCAGAUCUUCCUUGGUAAGGUACUCUUUUGGGUUGUCAAUGCCAAGACUGCCCUGACUUAAAUUUGUCUGUUACGCAAGAUUAGGCAAUCAUUGAUUAUGGUCAACAGUCUCAUUUAGCUUGAGCUACGGAGUGACCAAUUUGAACAGCAGGCUAAAACUUGUGUGAAUGUUUCCUUGACUUUAGGGGUCCAAUGAACCAAUUAAGGGUGCUCGCUCUUUGUCUGUGAAUCUCAUUGGUUUAUCUGCAUUAUGUUGAAAAUAGAUGAGGCACUUGAGUUUAGGGAGACACAGCCAUUCAGCAAGAUCCAUUUAUCUGAGCAAGUUUUACAAGAUAAAGUUUCCUUGGGGAAAAAAUGCAUCUUUCUUUUUUCCAGUUGGUGGUGUUGUUGCUGCUCGCAAAGGGCACAAUGAAGUCACAUUAUUGCAGCCAUGUUUUUACAUGAGUCAAUUAAUGCUAAAGUCCAUGCUACGUAAGAUCCGUGAUAAGAUUGCAUCUGGACUGAAAUUUUUCUUUCUUUUCCUUUUCCAGCAUUUGUCAAUAAACUGAGCCUUCAAACAAGUGCAACAUAUAAUUGGAAGAUCGUAAUUGAUGUUCUUUUAUUUUAUUCUUUAUCAUUUUGCUAACAGAUAAUGCAGUGUAUAGGAAAUUGUGUUGACAAUGUUUAUAUAGAGAAUUUGAAGAUAUUUGUGUGAAUUAACUGUAGAGUAUAUGGAUAAUUGUUUACUUGAGUAUGUCUGCUGUAAGUUUGCUGCAAAAGAAAAAGAAAAAAACAAGUUAAUCUCAUUUGAGAACUUGAGAACUGCCCAUCCUAAGCAUUGGUUGACAAAAACCGAACAUUAGUCAUACAUUUUAUUAUUGUUUAAGGACUAACUCUUUAUGGAAACUGUGAUCUGUUCCCUUUGUUGUUUUUACUGUUUUUGCGUGAUUCUGACUGUGGUCAGUGUGUAAAGGCAGCACAUGACAUUUGGUAUACAAGUAAAUAAAUACAAACACACAGAAAAAAUAGACGAUGUAUAGAGCUAGAUUUGUCUGGUAAAUAUAGUUUUUAAUAAUAAAAUGGAAAAAUAGAA